CAGGGACGCUCACAGACCUCUCACAGCCAUGAUGCUUACAGGUUUCUUCUUCUUUCUGCCUCUUCUCACAGGUUUAAAGACCUCCGAUUCAGAGCAACAAGUGCCUGAUGGUCAUGAAGAUGAGUCCAAUCUUCAGCUUGAGGAAAAUCCAGGUGGCGUGAAUGAGAAGACCCUCGGUGCACCGCAGGUGGAUGCAGCGGGGCCUGAGGUUCCCAGUGAAUUCCCUGCUGGUGUGGACCAUAAGUCAGCCGCUGGCUCUCUGGUAGGCUUGGCUACAGAGGAUCUCCGCCUAACCCUGGCAAUUAGAGAAGCUGAGGUGCGAAGCCGACAGCUGGAAGUGGAGGUGAUGAAUCUCCGCAUCCAAGCCUUGAAACUGCAGCAGGGCCAGCCUUCUUCAGGUGGAAAUACUUCCAGUUUAGAGUCAGAAGAACUUCAUGGUAAUGAAACAGGUGAUGAAGCUAACAAAGACUAUAAGUGCAGAUUCCAAGCUGUUUUAGACUACCUGAACCUGACCAAAGACAAUCCUAAAUACACCGUGAGCCGACCAGUUAAAAACCACACUGCUGCUACACUGAUAUAUAUUGACAUGGCGAUCUAUGCCAUCCUUGAUGUGAGAGAACGUGACCAGACUUUUGUUACUUACAUAUGGAUUUUUUUGGAAUGGGACAAUGAGUACAUUGAUUGGACUCCAUCUGAAUUCUGUGGACUUGAAUAUAUAACAGCUCCGACUGAAUAUUUGUGGAUGCCAGAUCUAACCAUUAAAGAGAUGACAGAGAAGGACAAAAUCCGUCCGAGUCCUUACCUCAAAAUUUACAAUCGGGGCUGGGUUGAAUAUCGGGAUGAUCGGGUGGUGGUCAGCACCUGUAAGAUGCAUACUUACAAGUUUCCCUUCGACACUCAGACAUGCACCUUCGCCUUCAAGUCUGUCUUGUACUCUGAUAAAGAAGUGCAGAUACUCUUCAACAAAAACCAUAAAGCACUAAAAGAGGAGUCUAUUAAGGUGAUGCGAACGCAGUACGAAUGGCUGUUCGUCGACUUGACAUCCAACACCUCACUUGACACCUUUUAUAACAUCAACCAAACUGUGGUUGUCUACUUUCUCACCAUGAAGAGGAGGUCUGUCCUCUACGUUGCCAACUUCUUGCUGCCUGUCUUCUUCUUCUUGUGUCUGGACUUGGCCUCCCUCUUGAUCUCCCACAGAGGUGGUGAGAAGCUCAGCUUCAAGGUCACUGUGCUGCUUGCUGUCACAGUGAUGCAGCUUCUUCUCAAUGAUGUUUUGCCAACCUCAUCAGACACGAUCCCACUUAUAGCAACUUACUGCAUUGGGGUUUUUGGUAUGAUGAUGCUCAGCCUCAUGGAGACAAUUUUUGUGAUGUAUCUGAUGGAGAAAGACUUCCAGGAUGAUGAGACUGACAGAGACCGAAGCCUGAAUGAGAGCCGUGAGGACAAACUGGACAAAGGCAACUUCCACAGCUGUUUCAGAGGGAUGAAGAAACGUUUUCACUGUGCGUCUGCAAAAGAUGAAUCUGCUGAUGAAACAUCUGUGCCCAAAGAGGGCAGCAGCAGCCAGCUGACGGACGUGUCUCUUGCCUUGGAAAAGGUCUCGGAUGAGCUUGGAGAGAUCGACAGAAAAAUGAGUCUACUCAGCAGCAGCAAGGAGGAGGAGAAACCCGGCUACUGGACCAGGAUGGCAAAAAAAAUUGACAAGGCUUACUCUAUUAUAUAUGUCAUGUCUGCUUCUCUAUUUUUAGUUACCAUCUUCACAAUGUGGGCUACUUAAGAUGUUGUAAAGUCUGGAAAGAGGUUGAAU